GCAGGAGGCGCGCCCCCGCCGCGGAUCGGGAGCGCGCGUCCAACUGUCAGCAGAGUGUGUCUCGCAGCUGGCGGCACUUCCAGUCCGCGCCAUGUGUCUCUGGGCCGCCUGACCCCGCGGAGACCUGCUAGCAUCCACUCGGACGUCGGAGGCUCACCGGCCGUGACAUGGGAAGCUCCACCGGACGGCGAAGGAGAGAAUGAAAAUAGUGGAUUUUGUUUCCACUCGUCGGUACCGCGUCGAAGAAGAAGAGAAGUCGCUAACAAGUCUCAGAGAGUUGUCUUUGGCAGAGGGCAGCAGUGAAGUCAAUGACAAAAUGGAGUCUCAAGGCUUUACUCUAGAUUGCAGAUUUUGACAUGAAGAAGGACAUAGACACAUUGAUAGCAGAAGAACGUGCUGAAAUCCUUUCCAAAUAUGACAAGGGCCGGCAAGAGGGUGUCAGUAUUGACCCCUGGGAGGAUGCUGACUUCAGCAUCUAUAAGGUCACGGACCGCUUCGGCUUCCUUCAUGAGAAAGAGCUACCUACACCUAGUGUGCUUGAAGAAAAGCAAAAGCAGCAGGAACUUGAGCGUGUGGACAAGUGGCUUAAGAUGGUGAAGAACUGGAGCAAGUAUAGGAACAGUGAGAAGUUAGUGAAGCGUGUGUACAAAGGCAUCCCCCUCCAGCUCAGAGGCCAGGCUUGGGCAUUACUUUUGGACAUAGAAAAGAUUAAACAAGAUAAUGAAGGAAAAUAUGAGAGAAUGAAGCUGCAGGCUCGUAACUUCUCCACGGAGAUCAAACAGAUUGACUUAGAUGUCAAUAGAACCUUCAGGAACCACAUCAUGUUCAAGGACCGCUUUGGAGUCAUGCAACAGGCACUGUUUCAUGUACUUGCAGCUUACUCUGUCUACAACACGGAGGUGAGCUACUGUCAGGGGAUGAGUCAAAUCGCCGCCAUCCUGCUCAUGUACCUGAACGAGGAGGACGCCUUUUGGGCUCUGUCGCAGCUCCUCACCAACAGCAAACAUGCCAUGCACGGUUUCUUCAUCCCGGGAUUUCCCAAACUCCAGCGUUUCCAGGCCCACCAUGAGCGGAUCCUCUCCAAAAUGCUGCCUAAACUGAGGAAGCAUCUGGAGAAGGAGCAGAUGACUUGUGGGAUUUACACCACCAAGUGGUUUCUCCAGUGCUUUAUUGACAGAACGCCCUUCACCCUCACCCUGCGCCUGUGGGACAUCUACAUCCUGGAGGGGGACAAGAUGCUGAGCGCCAUGGCUUACACCAGCCUCAAGUUACACAAGAAGCGUUUGCUGAGGUUCCAGUUGGAGGACUUGAGGGAGUUUCUUCAGGAGCAGCUGGCUGUUUCCUACUUUCUUCCCGAUGACGUGGUGGUGGAGCAGCUGCAAGUCGCCAUGACUGAGCUGCGGAGUAAAAAGUUGGACCAGCCUCCUCCAGCAAAGUCCGAGGAGCUGCCAAAGAAACCGCUCGGCCAAGAGAGGCCGAUCCUCCUGCUGCCUCUGCAGCCCGACUCUCCCGUGGAAGUGAAAAGUGAUGUGCACAACACACACAGCAUCACCUUGUCUCCUUCCACGCCUCAGCAAACAAGAAGCCCCGGCAGUUCCAACACGCCCCCUCUGGCCUCGCACGUGCAAGCCAGCCCUUCUCCCAUCAGGCCUAGCAGGGCUCCUCCGCUCCCUCCUAAGGCAGCCAAACAGCGUGCUGGCCAGGAGGAGCCCGCAGACUGGCCUCCUCCGUACGAAGCUCCUAGUGUAGAAGUCCUCAGCGUGCCCACGCAGGACAUGUUGGACCUGCCAGAUCUUCCACCUCCACCACCGGUGGACCAUGAGCAGAAAGACAGUCCCGCGGUCCAAAUUCCUUUCAAGCCGCCUCCCCAAGUGUUCCCCAAAGCGCACGUACCCCCUCCUCACGCCUUGGCCGCAUCAGCAGACUCCUCCCCCAGGCUCCCUCCCCCCAAGCCCACCAAGUUCCCGGUGUCUCUGUUAGUCCCGACAUCAGCAGCAGACCGGCGGCCCUCCAACACCUCGCAGUACGACAACCUGGAUGAAGACGACGACCGUGGCCCGGAGAGGCCGCUGGGCUCCACCCCCGAGGAGAUUCCCAGCAUGCACCUUGGGCCGUCGUCCGCCUACGACCCCGCUCGCUACCCGCUGCCCCCACCUCCCGUGUUUAUCCCCCCGUCGCCGUCCCCCCUUCUCCGCGCUCUCCCCAGCUUGCCUCAGGAGGCGGAAUAUGAAGGCGAGGACAGCUGGGUGGGGGACGCCAUCAUCCCCCCUCCCCCGCCCUGCUUUGCAGACAGACUGUCCCCCGCCGCCUACUGCAAGCCCUCUCGCGGCCCCAGGGACCAUUCCGCCUUCCCAGCACCACUUUUGUACACCAGGUCCCCCCCGGGCCACUCCAGGCCCUCACAGUUGUCAGUCGGGGUGCCGGCAGUCCGAUCCAGCCCGGACUUCUGCAGAAUGCCUCCAGGUGGGCAGCAGCUGCCUAAGUCAGUCACCUUUUGAAGACGUGCGGACUGAUUACAGUGAAAUAGCGGCCAGCAGAUAAGGUUUUUUUUGUAUUAUUAUCAAUAUGCACACAUUUCUAUGAUCCUUUUGUAAGGUUCACUUCUCUUUCCUGAUUGUCAGAUUUUUUUGUAUCGCGACACACAUUGAACAUUUCAGCUUUUCUUAUUGGUGUGUUGUUCCGUAACAUCACUAAUCCUUUCCAAAAAAAGUGUCUUAAAGUGUGUCAAUGCUCACAUUUGGUCCUUUGCUCAAAUCACUUUUGGUUUAAUUCAACACAUUUUGGAAUUGAUUAAAAAAAAAACGUUUGUGAUGUCACCAAUGGUUUUAUUGUAUUGGUUCUUCUGUGAAGUAACUAGAUUUUGUUGGGUUAAAAUGAAACCAGGCUGAUGAUAGAACAAAAACCAUCGCCCUCUUGUGGCCAUAACGUAGUAGUUCAUUCAGAAAUAAAUCCAUUUAUUGUCUGUUACACUGUCACUUGAUGCAAAUAUUUUCACUUUCUGCAUACACAAAUUGAUACAUUGAGUUGCCAUCAUUUUUCAGCAAGUGAUUCAAUGGCUGCGAGUAAAAUGAAAUGGAAUUGAAGCCAUAUUGGAAAUUAAAAAUGCCAAGGUGACAUCAGGCUCUACAAAUUCCACAGAAUACUGUAUGCUGCUGUUCUUGCAUAAGUGUGGUUGUCAGAAACAUCAAACAUAUCCAAAACCUAUUCCAAAAGUGGACAAAUUAACUUUGGUUUGCCUGUUACUAGUUCUCAAUAUUUUUGCAUUAGCUGAAAAAAAAAGUCCUUGACGUGUUUAACAUCGAUUGUUCCAACAGUUUUUAUACCAACUUGUAUUUUUACUGAACUGUUUUGCUGUUUUGUUCUUUUUGACGCAAAAAUAGGAUUUUGUUUGUUGAAACAAUGCUUCAGUUUGUUGUCAAACGUUGCAUUCAUGUAUUUAUUCAAAGUUCCUUAAGCCUAAAGUUCCUUAAGUGGACUAUUACCAUGAAUGAGACCUCUAUUGUUUUUGUACUGUGAUGUCACAGGUCUAGUUGGCAACAGACCAAAGCCCCAGUAUGUUUAGACCAAAGCCCCAGUAUGUUUAUGCCGUCCAAUGACAAGCAUGCAUCCAAGUUGUUUUUCUAUCUGCAUUUCUGUAAAACACAUCCCCAAUAAAGACAAACAUGUUAAGA